CUUUUCGCGUUUGCAGCAGCGCGCGCUGUUCGGUUGGUGCAACUUAUUUUUCGUACCAGGACGGUAGUACUCCGGAUAUCACCGUCGGAACAGCAUUUGAAAUUGUCCAAAACAGUUUCGGAUUGAAGUCGGUUGAAGAAUGAUCGAUUGUGGCCAGCGGCAUUCCAAUGCGAUCUUUUUGCAGCUUUCGGUGGUGCAAGAUCUCAGGCAGGCAGGACUCAGAUCCUGAUGCGCAAUUCUCAGAACUGAUUGCCCCCCUACACCUCAUGCAUAGGAAUUCGCUUGCCCAUUUGUUUCGGACUGCCGCUUCGUUUUCAGCCUUUACAAUUAAUGAUCGCGUGCCCCGAGUAGAUAGUAGAAAGCUUCGGAGUAAUUCUCUUCGUAUUUUUCUGCUCCACACAAAUACAAAUCACCAUGUCGACCCCCAUCUCGACUACGAGUACCUCGGAUCCCACCCUGACUCUCGAGUCUUUCCCUUCGCAUUUUACCACAUUUCUACUCACCUACACAACCCCCUUCGAUCUCAUUCUUGCAACUAUUUUUCUGUGUUUUUCGCUGUACAAAUUUGGCGCGCACCGGCAGAACUUUCUCGCCACAGCCACCCUGAUCGCCGCGUACCUGGGUCGGAAAGCGAUCUUACCCGCAACGAACCUGGACGGAUGGGAUCCCGGAAAUGAUACCGUCGGGCCGGGCAUCUACGGGGGGAAGGUGCUGUAUGACGAGAAGAACAACAUUGUUUACGGGAAGCAGUACCAAAACCACAACCCCUUCGUCGACGGACCGGUUUACGAGGGCAAAGGGGCGGGCUAUUCCUUUAUGAACUCCCUGUUGCGUGCGUUUGAUGUGGAUGGCUUGGAAACCGCACUGGAGAGAGACCCAGGCCUGUCUUUGGAAAUCUCCACCGGCGGCGCGACGCCGCUACACUUCGCCGGCAUGAUCCGGAUACCAAACAAUAACGCCGCGAAAAACGCAACGGGCAAAGGACCGCGGGGUUCUGACGGCAGCAGGAGCGUCGGUGAGACAAUUCCCAGCAGCGAGAACGCGUUUUAUGAAGAGAAGAUGCGGAAAAUGGUGAAAAGCUUGCUGCAAGCGUGCCUUCUUCACAUUACAGAAGAACAGAACAAACAAAAAUCUGCUAGUAAGGCAAGAGGAGGCGGAACAUCUUCCACUACUGUAUCCUUAUCUCCAGUGGACGCCUGCAUCAACAAAAACAUCGACCUAUGGGGCUACACGCCGCUGCACCGCGCGGCUGGGAACGAGGCAGUGGCAGUUUUGCAGGAGCUAGUUGCCUAUGAAUGGCAAAAAUGUCCGGGUCUGGGAGGUUUGGAAACUUGGCAUGCUAUCAUGUCGAUGGCGUCCUGCCUUCAAUACACACCAGCACAUGCGCACAACAAGUGUUUGUGCUGCCAUGCGGUGCAGGGAAUUUUCAUUUUGCAUGAGAGAUUGCUGCUUUGCAUUACAAAAAAGCUGAGAGGCCUUUGCGCAACAUGCGUGACAGAAUGGACGCAUUUGCCUGCCGAGCAUUACAAGUUUUCACUUUUCCAGACCAAGACAUGUGUGCAUGGCAUAUCGCUGUCGAAAGUGUUGAUUUGAACGUCAUGUCGACUGGCGUCUACAACCUGUACGGCGGUCCAGAAACACCUUUGGAGACUGCAAGAAGAGAAAGCGCGGUAGUCGCAACGAGAUUUUUGGAAGAGAUUAUGGAGAAAACGGAAGGGGAAAGUUCGAAAGCGACUCCUACAGACGCGAAUAGAUGAAGAGGCUUUGUUGUGCUGGGAAAAUCUCGAAGUGCAUAUAAGUGAUUUCGUCUCUGGCUUCCUCCGUUUACCACGAGGGGAGGCACAUUUAAAGUAGGUUGGAAGAAAACUGUGUUUGUGUCCUGGCCAUAUGAACAAGAAGCAUCGUGUACUGCAGAACGAUGUUAGAAUAACCAAGUCGUCCGUAUACUGCAGAAAAAAUUCAGACGAAGCAAAUCGUGCGCACUUUCCGUUAGCAUAAUCGUGUUUAAUUUUUCGUGAAGCACUCGCAUCCAUCUCUUGUGUAGUCACACCGGCAAAUUCCCGUGCAUCCUUGUCUCGUUCUCGUUGCUUUUGCACGUGCGUGCGUCGCAGUCGUGUACGACCAACGUGGUCCUCAUUUUUUCCAAAUCAGCAACCCGCUCCUUCCCUUAUGUUGAACUGCUGUCAUCGAUUUGCUGAUAGAGGCCUAGAUUGAAGCAGCGUCGUGCACGUAAUAUGUUCUAGACCGUAAUUAUCCUGUUUACCAUUUACAGUUUUUUCAACCGAAAACCCAAUAAAAUGCUCGGGAGCAGCACAAGGAAUCACGGCUCGAACUCCCCGUCCACACCGGCGACCCGCCGCAUUCCGAUCCAGCUAAAAAGCGUGACCGAUAGCGGUAUCGUGCCCCGGAACAAGAAAUGGAAGAAGCAGCAAGCGUGGAAAACACACGAGAUUUUUGCCGCUUUCGUCGGGUGCCUACUGCUCUGGUGGGGCUUCCUCUACGGCUUGAUGCAGCUCUUUGGGGAGCAUCGAGGUGGGAGCCCUAGUAAUCCUGCGUUCAAAAGCGACGACAGCCCAGGAGAGGUGGAGGCCGGAGACAGGAAAAUGGGCGGCGCUUCUAGUGAGCCGAUUACCGCUUUCACCCAGUCGACAACAAGCGCUUGA